ACAUAUAUACAGGGUCCAUUAUGAAAGUAAUGCGCAUGAUUUUAUUGUGACGCGAAUAUCCAUCGCAGCGGGGUAAAAUGGGUCGGGAAAUGUGGUGGGGAGUCUGCCCUUCCAAGGUAGCCGGUCGCCAGUUUGCUCCGAGCAGUCUGAGUGGAAAGACGUGCCUCUGCGUGAAGUGUGUUUUUCGACUUUGUAACACGGCGCGAUGGAGCGUUCGCUUGAACAGCGCCAUCAAGUUUUGCGUGCGACUUGGAAAGAAUGCAAUCGAAACAUUCCAGAUGCUUCAAGAGGCCUUCAAGGACGACUGCAUUUCAAGGUCACAGUCCGGGAGGUGGCACAAGGCGUUCAAGGAGGGCCGGGAGGAGCGAAUGAGCAAGUCUCGCAUCGAAACGAUGCUCAUUGUCUUUUUUGACGUCCGAGGAAUCGUCCAUUUUGAGUUUGCACCGCAGGGAGAAACUGUCAACUCAGUCUUCUACCUGGAGGUGCUCAAGAGAUUGAAACGCCGGGUCGCGCGCGUGAGGGCUGACAUCAAAGACGCGAUCAAGCUCCACCAUGACAAUGACCCCCAGCCACACGGCCUUCAUCGUUGCCAACUACCUGGCCCGGAGCAACACCCCGGUGGUCCCCCAGCCCCCUUACAGUCCCGACUUGGCUCCGUGCGACUUUUUUUUGUUUCCCCGUCUGAAGAGAGAGCUGAAAGGAAAGCAUUGGGAGUCCGUGGAAAACAUCCAAAAGCAUGUUACAACGUUCCUAAGAGACAUUCCCGUCGAGGAGUUUCAGCGUGCCUUCCAGGCGUGGCAGACACGUCUCCGCAAGUGUAUUGAUUUAGGGGGGGGAGUAUUUUGAAGAAUUUUGAGUAUUUGUACCGCUACAAUCAAUAAAUCUAUUGUUCCCAGAAAAUGCGCAUUACUUUUAUAAUGGACCCUGUAUAUAUAUAUAUAUAUCGUACUUUUAUCUUAUCAUCGUGUACUACCACACUUUAUAAACACUAUCACACACGGUUUGUUUACUCAUUCCUGUUAAUAAUUUCGAUUCAGAACACUUUUAUGCAUAAUUUUAUUGAAUUUCUUCUUUAAGAAACGCGCGCAAAGAUAUAGAGAACUGUGCGAUCUGUGUGUUAAAAUGGUCGAUAAAAGUAAGAGAGAGAGACCGUGAAAGACGGCCAUCUCUAUCUCUUUUCAUUCAAUGGUGUAAUGGGAGAGAGAAUGAGAAGGAGAUUGAUCGUCUUCCAUAGUCCCUCUCUUUCUCAUUAUUGAUACGGAGCGAAUUCGUGAGCUCGCUUUGCUGAUAUGUAUUUUUCUAGAUCAUCCAAUAACAGCGAGCACUCACGGAUUCACAGUUGAGGCUGCUGAAUGCGACCAAUAAAUCCGCAAUAACAAUUUGAAAAAAUGCGUGUUUAACAUACGCUGAAAAUUUUCAAUACUCAUAUCAGUGUUGAAUAUUGAAACGCAGCCACAUACACGCGAGAAAGCAAUUGUUUGUUACGUGCGUCAGAGACGACUAGGAUACUGACAUCAAUCGUCCAGACAGAAAGUACAUAUACAACUUUUGUACAACGCAAAUUGUGAAUAAAAACUAGUAGCAUAAAUUAGUCAGCAAAGUUCAGUGCAUAUAAUCACAAUAUCUCUAUGCGAGUACUAUUACAUUUAAAAAAAUUUCCAUUGAUUUGGUUGACUCAUUAAUGCAAAACGAGGACAUGAAACAAGAUUUGGUGAAAACAGCUAUUCCUGUUAACGAUGUUCAAACUCCAGUAAUUAAUUUGGACCGAAUGAAACAAACUGAUGAGAACAACAUUAAGAUGGACAUAAUUAAGAUUAAGAAAAAAUUAUGAAUACAGAUAAGGUACGCAUACUUAUUUAUUACUGACGAAA